UGAGAGGAGCCGCUCGCCUCAGUCACUUCUGUCACAGCGCCGCCAUCUUGUGAGAUGCAGCGACAGUCACGUCUGAAGCGGGAGCUGCAGCUCCUCAGCACCGAGCCGCCCUCCGGGGUCAGCUGCUGGCAGGUGGACGAUAAGAUAGACGAGCUGCGGGCUCAGGUGGUGGGCGGCUCGGGCUCUCCCUACGAGGGCGGCGUGUUCAGCCUGGAGAUCGUGGUGCCGGAGAGAUACCCCUUCGAGCCGCCUCGGGUGCAGUUUCUCACCCCUAUCUACCACCCGAACAUAGACACUGCGGGCAGGAUCUGCCUGGACAUCCUGAAGCCCCCGCCUAAGGGCGCCUGGCGGCCCGCCCUCAACCUGUCGUCCGUCCUCACCUCCAUUCAGCUGCUCAUGACCGAGCCGAACCCGGAGGACCCCCUCAUGGCGGACAUCGCCCGGGAGUACAAGUACCACAGGGCAGCGUACACCGCCAAUGCCCGGAGCUGGACGGAGAAGCACGCCAAGCCCCGGGACUCAGCCGCCGACGGACUGUCCCAGAAACGGCGCAGCGCGGACCCCCCCGAGCCCGCCAAGAAGCCCAGGCCGGGCCCCCCAUAACGUUGUCUCCCGCGUGCCUGUGACGUCACGGCAGUCCUCUCCCUCUCCGCCAGGUGGCAGUCAAGGUUUGGUGUGUGUAUUGUGUGAGGCCGGAGUCCUACAGGGAGGGGUCACGUGACGACAGCACACUGUUCACACUAUGAAAACCGCAGGCUUCCCAGGGACGUUGUGCAGACUUGCUUGGAGUUCAAGGGGGGAAACUGUACAAUUGGGUGCACAAUGCAAUAGCAGAGCGUGGGCUCUGUGAGAUUACGUCACGUAUGAUCCGUAAGUUGCAGUUUACAUACGGCGUACAUUUACGGUUUGAUCCCUUAACAUGACUAUGGCUUCCAGGUCUGAUCACUAGCGGCCUGAGCUCACACCCAUGGCAGGAUUCCCCUGCCCAGGAGGGAACAUCCCUAUGGAAGCGAACCGCUGAUCCCAGGAAACGUGCCGCAUCUAUGAGCUUCUCGCAAUCCUGUAACGUGAUGCGUUAGGACAGGGAUGCCCAACUGGCGGCCCUCCAGCUGUUAUAAAACUACAACUCCCAGUAUGCUUGGACAGCCUACAUCUAUUAGGGCAUGCUGGGAAUUGUAGUUUUGCUACAGCUGGAGGCUGCAGGUUGCGCAUCCCUGCUUUAGGACACAUGGAGAUCUUAUGGACACUUGUUUGUAAUCAAUGUGAAUGGACGUUAAGUUGCCGGUACCGUCAAUCGCCAGCGGUUUUGGACAGAACCCUGUGGAUCCCUUAGGCUCAGUUCACACGGAGGAGUCUGCACUGCACCCCCCGCGGCUGCUGGCUCCCAUUUCCACGUCUCCAAUAAUUCAGCUUCAAAGUCUACAUGGCUUACCAGACCACGCCAAGGAAGGACACAUGAAAGCCGUGGCAUGUGUCUGCUCGCAGACUGGACUCAUUGACUGAGACUAAAGCCACAUGGAGAACCGGGGCAGAGUCUCUUUCCAAAACGGCACGUUGGUGUCGCCAUGUUUUUACGACAGCACCAGGUUCUUGGUCACGGUCCUUACCUGACAGCCAGGGCGAUAACCGGCCGUCCACACAACCUGUAAAGACUACAUAUACAAGGCAGUACAGACGCCUCCUCUAUAACCUCAUCCCCUGCGCUUAACCCCUUGGGUGCAAUUGCCAUGGAGCUUAUCAGAUGGAGGGCACGAUUCCGGAAUAUUCAUUGGUUGUUGUGGCAACUGGGGGACUGAAAAAGGCGGCCAUGUGUGUCCUGUGGCCGGACAGCUCUGUACAGGAACGUCAAUGCGAUCACAAGGAUGGUGUCAAACACUUUUAUGCUGUUUUUGAGGGGUUUUGCGUUUUUGUUGUUUGUGUGUUUAGAAGGCAAAAAAUGUCAUGUUGCAUGGAUGUCUGACAUAUUAAAUGCAGGACAAACAGG